UCCAAACUCCAUCUCGCAACUCCGUCCAAGGCAGGCCAUCGCAAGGUAAGAACAAGUCGAGCCGCCAUCAUGCCACCUCCACCCCUCCGCGCCGACACCCUCUCUCCCCCUUCCACCUCUUCCACCUCUCGCCGCCCCGUCCCUCGCAUCAUACCCGCCAUUCCUCGCCGCUUUGCCCGUCCCGCAGCCGCAGCCAAACCAACCACCCCCGACGACUCCAAAGCCGCGCCCGCUCUUGCGCCUGCGCCCCCGCCUGUCGACGACAAGAAAACAGAGCGCGCCCAUACUCCUUCGACCUCAGAGUCCAAGGCCUCGCCCUCUGCUGAGAAGCAGGCUCUGCCAAGCUCGACAUCUCCCUCUACGAACGGCAAUGCCGUGGGAGAAGUAGUUGCUGCAGAUACAAUCGCUGGCGCCGAGCAAAAGGGCUCUCAGCAGACUGAUUCAAAGGCAGCGCGCGAUUCGGCCAUCCCCAACGGCCAUCGCCCCAAGUCGACGGUUCGCACCGAGCUUCCCCCCGAGUUCUAUCCUAGGGAGAAAUCAUCUACCCAUUCACCCUUCUCAGACGGUGUGGAUGCGCCUUUCCUGCCGCCUCCCCAGUUUGUGCCUGUUCACCGCUUCCAACAGAGCGUAGAGGGAAUCGUCUUUGGGGGUGCUGUGCAAGAGUCGCCAGCCAUGCCCUCCACUCCCCAAGAGUUUGAGUCGGACAUGCAUGUUUCUCAACCCAACUUCACGCGCCCUCCCCCGGGCUUCGCUCCUCAUAUGGCUCCUCAAUUCUUUCCGGGCCACUCGCAUCACCCCUCCGACCCGGCCGCCUCGUGGCUCCAGCCCGCCUACUCCAUGGGUCCACCGCCAGAGGUCAUCUACGGCAAUGGUCAUGGCUAUACCUCUCCUACGUUUGCGCCGGGAUCGGCUUCGUUUCAGGCAGCCUUCCCUGCUCCAUUCCCUCCUCCGAAUGCGGCCAUGCCUGUCAACGGCGCUACUCGCUCUCACUCCCAGUCGCCCAGCAAGUCGCACUUUGAGGAUGCGAAACCUGCUCCGUAUCUGGAGGACGAGCCUGUGAUUCCAUACACCAACGGUUCUGCCCCGCGACAGUUUGGAGCGCCUGGCGAAAUCCACACCAUCGCCCGUCAUGUGUUCGGUCUAUUCGGCAACCCCGAAUUCGCCGAUUGCAUCCUACACGUGCGAUUCCAGGAUACUGUGCUUCUUGCUAUGCCAGUGCAUGCAGCAAUCGUUUCCCGGAGUCCAGCUAUUCUAGAAUCAAUCCGUCGAAGCGCCUCGCCCUCCUUCCGUACUAAGGAUCCGCGAAGGCUCGCAGAGGUCACCGUCGACAAUAUCUUUGUGUCCUACGAGUCUUCGCUUGAAGCGAUCAAGAUCCUCUACGGUGGUCCCUUGCUAUCACCUCCAUCUUUCCUCUUCGGGCUCACCCCGUAUCUUGAUGGCAGCGACCAAGGUUUCGUGUCGAGCGAAGCUCGUAGGCGUCUGGGUCAGGUCAUCAGCUAUAUCGCAGCAGGCAGCAGUAUGCAAAUCCCUGAAAUGCAGUCCUCCGGUCUCCGCGUCGCAAAAGCACUCUUACGCUGGGACACGAUCGAAGAGCUCCUUCAUUUCUGCCUCACCGAGACAUGUGCGAUGCCCCUUUUGAACGAGGUCGUUGGUUUCAUUGCGCACAACCUUCCCUCUGAUUUCUCUCUCUAUUCGCUAGCCCCUGAGUUGCGGCACUACCCACGCUUGCCUACUGUCACGGAGCCGAAUCAGGGCUCACACAAUCCGCGACUGAGUAAGAUUCAGUUCGGCGAUGCUCCUGCUGAGGACGAAGGAAGACCUAGUCACAUCACUCAAGUCCUCUCCAGCAUUCUGCUCACCAUCCCGUUGCCUCUCCUCGAUCAAAUCUUCGGACACCCCGCGCUUGCCAAUCCAGUUACCCGUAACAAUCUGGUCAAGAUCAUGAGGGAUGUGAUUGAAGAGCGCGAGGCGAGGCGACAGAAGGCGUCCAAGGCGGAGUUGAAGCUAUCGCCAGACGGCACGGUAGCACAGCGUCUCUUGGAGAAUCUCCGUCACCAGGAACGCAUGGAACUGUCGAAUGAGCGACCAUCGGGCUUUGCCUUGAUCUCGACUCGAGAGGCGGAAUCUAUGUAG